GCUGCAGAAGCGGCCGCCACCUCUGAUGCAAGGUGUCUCGUCCUCUAAGAAACCUGAAACCUAGGUUGGCGACGCGGAGCGACCCGGCAGAGCUGGCGCGAACCGAGAGGGAAAGCGCUGGGCAGCGCUUGAGCACCAACAGGAGCUCUGCCUCAGAGGACCCUCGCGACCCGCUCUUGAGAUCCCGGCUCCACGCUCUCCUCGCAUUUUACAGAUUCCGCCCCCCACCCUCGCGACUAUAUUUCCUAAAACGGAGCUUUUAUAUCCAGAGAAGGUGCGAGAGCUGGGACAACCAGGACUUUCCCGGGGAACCAAGAUGCGCUCCAUUAGGAAGAGGUGGACGAUCUGCACGAUAAGUCUGCUCCUGAUCUUUUAUAAGACAAAAGAAAUAGCAAGAACUGAGGAGCACCAGGAGACGCAACUCAUCGGAGAUGGUGAACUGUGUUUGAGUCGAUCACUUGUCAAUAGUUCCGAUAAGAUCAUUCGAAAGGCUGGCUCUUCAAUCUUCCAGCACUCUGUAGAAGGUUGGAAAAUCAAUUCCUCUUUGGUCCUGGAGAUAAGGAAGAACAUUCUUCGUUUCCUAGAUGCGGAACGAGAUGUCUCAGUGGUCAAGAGCAGUUUUAAGCCUGGUGAUGUCAUACACUAUGUGCUUGACAGGCGCCGGACACUAAAUAUUUCUCAGGAUCUACAUAGCCUCUUACCUGAAGUUUCACCAAUGAAAAAUCGCAGAUUUAAGACCUGUGCAGUUGUUGGAAAUUCUGGCAUCCUGCUAGAUAGUGAAUGUGGAAAGGAGAUUGAUAGUCACAAUUUUGUAAUAAGGUGUAAUCUAGCCCCUGUGGUGGAGUUUGCUGCAGAUGUGGGAACUAAAUCAGAUUUUAUUACCAUGAAUCCAUCAGUUGUACAAAGAGCAUUUGGAGGCUUUCGGAAUGAGAGUGACAGAGAAAAAUUUGUGCAUAGACUUUCCAUGCUGAAUGACAGUGUCCUUUGGAUUCCUGCUUUCAUGGUCAAAGGAGGAGAGAAGCACGUGGAGUGGGUUAAUGCAUUAAUCCUUAAGAAUAAACUGAAAGUGCGAACAGCGUAUCCAUCAUUGAGACUUAUUCAUGCUGUCAGAGGUUAUUGGCUGACAAACAAAGUUCCCAUCAAAAGACCCAGCACAGGUCUCCUCAUGUAUACACUUGCCACAAGAUUCUGUGAUGAAAUUCACCUGUAUGGAUUCUGGCCAUUCCCUAAGGAUUUAAAUGGAAAAGCUGUCAAAUAUCAUUACUAUGAUGACUUAAAAUACAGGUACUUUUCUAAUGCAAGUCCUCACAGAAUGCCAUUAGAAUUCAAAACAUUAAAUGUGCUUCAUAAUAGAGGCGCUCUGAAACUGACAACAGGAAAGUGUGUAAAGCAAUAAAGCACGUUUGAAAACAGACAAACUGUAUAUGAACUUCUUUUCUGAAGAUGCUUCCUAAGAUUUGAAAAUAGGAUCCAAAACAAGGCUGGGUUUCAGCAUCCACCAAUUAUCUGAAAAGUGAUAAAGGACAUUCAUGAGAAAUUCACUACCAGCUGAUGAAAUACCUGCAAAGUGCUCUAAAAAUUAAAUAUUUUGACUUCAAGGGUCCUAGUAAGUGCCACUUCCACUAAGAACACAGUUUGAAUGUAUAAUUAGUAGUGUUUACAAGAUCCAACAAUUCACUCGUCAUUAGUUAACAAAGCCAAUACGUUCAUCACUGUUGGGCUGCCACUGCAACAACAAGCACAUGAGAAGAGGAACCCAGGAACACGACUCAGUCCUUGGGGAAACUAACCAUCCUUGUCAGCAGAUAUGAAGAUGGAAACAGUUUGAACAGUGAAAUUCAUAAGAUUAAACAACUCAAAUAAAUGCCUUUCAGUCAGGACUCUGAGUCUGAUCAUGAAUUUUACAUUUUUGCUUUUGUUUUUUUUUUUUCUGUUUUUGUUUGUCCUCUGGAAUCUCUUUUGGUUUGGGUAUUGGGGUGCUUAGAAAUCCUUUCUAAGAUAAAUAUGAAUGAGAUAACCUUCAAGUAAUCAUUUCUAAAAUUCUUAUAUUUUUAAAGAGCAAUCACACAA